UGUUUUUCCACUAGUGAUGUCUAAUGGUCACCCAUGUUGAGAGACAAAGGUCAGAAAAAAAAGCUCAUAAACUAAAUUUACCACCAGCUCUGUUAUUCAGCACUCGGUCGCCGCACAAUACAGAAGGGAAACGAUCUUUUCAAAGGAAUUAAAGGAAAUAAACCGUAAAAGCAUGGCCCAAAAAGAGAAACUCCAGUGUCUGAAGGAUUUCCACAAAGAUAUUCUGAAACCGUCCCCCGGAAAGAGCCCAGGCACAAGGCCGGAGGACGAAGCGGAGGGAAAACACCCCCAAAGGGAAAAAUGGGCGAGCAAGCUUGACUUUCUUUUGUCAGUCGCCGGGGGCUUUGUAGGUUUAGGCAACGUUUGGCGUUUCCCGUACCUCUGCUACAAGAAUGGUGGAGGUGCAUUUCUCAUCCCGUACUUCAUCUUUCUGUUCGGUGGAGGUUUGCCUGUGUUUUUCCUGGAGGUGGCGCUGGGCCAGUACACUUCACAGGGAGGAAUCACCUGCUGGGAGAAACUUUGUCCCAUUUUCACAGGUAUCGGCUACGCAUCCAUUGUGAUCGUUUCUCUGCUGAACGUCUACUACAUUGUGAUCCUGGCCUGGGGCUUGUACUACUUGUUCCAGUGCUUUCAACCAGAGCUCCCCUGGGCAAGCUGCAACAACAAAUGGAACACGGAGAACUGCGUGGAGGAUACCCUCCGCAAGAAUAAGACACUCUGGGCGGCUGCAAAUGCCACUAACUUCACCUCUCCCGUCACUGAGUUCUGGGAGCGAAAUGUUCUCAGCAUCUCUGAUGGUAUCGAGGACAUGGGUCACGUAAAAUGGGACCUGGCUCUUUGUCUUUUCGCUAUGUGGGUCAUCUGCUUCUUCUGUAUUUGGAAAGGUGUGAAGUCCACUGGGAAGGUUGUGUAUGUCACUGCAACAUUCCCAUUUGUAAUGUUAAUCGUCUUACUGGUACGGGGUGUAACUCUUCCUGGGGCAGCCGAGGGCAUCAAAUUUUAUCUGUACCCGAAUGUCACUCGCCUUGCAGAUCCAGAGGUUUGGAUUGAUGCGGGGACGCAGAUUUUCUUCUCUUAUGCCAUCUGUCUUGGGGCCAUGACAUCGCUGGGAAGCUACAACAAGUACAAAUACAACUGCUACAGGGACUGUUUGCUGCUUGGAGGCCUGAACAGCGCUACCAGCUUUGUGUCUGGCUUCGCAAUAUUUUCCGUCCUGGGCUUCAUGGCACAAGAGCAAGGGGUGGACAUAGCCGAUGUGGCAGAGUCAGGUCCUGGCUUAGCCUUCAUUGCCUACCCUAAAGCUGUGACUAUGAUGCCACUGCCUACGUUUUGGGCCAUUCUCUUCUUCAUUAUGCUUCUGCUGUUGGGCCUCGACAGUCAGUUUGUUGAAGUGGAAGGGCAGAUCACAUCCUUAGUGGAUCUGUAUCCAUCCUUCCUACGGAAGGGUUAUCGGCGUGAAAUCUUUAUAGCUAUAGUCUGUUUUUUGAGCUUCCUGUUGGGACUAACCAUGGUCACCCAGGGUGGCAUGUAUGUGUUUCAACUCUUUGACUACUAUGCAGCCAGUGGCGUGUGCCUUUUAUGGGUUGCAUUCUUUGAAUGUAUUGCUGUAGCCUGGGUUUAUGGGGCGGAUAAUUUCUAUGAUGCGAUUGAAGAUAUGAUUGGUUACAGACCAAAUCCCUGGAUGAAAUGGAGUUGGACUGUGGUCACACCUCUUCUGUGUGUGGGAUGCUUUGUCUUCUCAUUGGUCAGGUAUGCACCUCUGAGGUACAACAAAGUCUAUGAGUACCCGGACUGGUCCAUUGGAGUGGGGUGGACCUUGGCACUUGCGUCCAUGAUCUGCAUACCAAUGGUGGUUGUGAUCAAAAUCAUUCAAUCAGAUGGGCCCCUUAUUGAGAGGAUCAAAGCUGUGGCGGCUCCCGCGAGGGGAGGGGCUAGUUCAUGCCCCAAAGAAUACCGGCCCAAAAGCAACGAGCUGGCGCAGCCCCUCGACCCCAACUGGAACGGAGGCUCGACGAAGCCCACCCACACCAUCGUAGAAACUAUGAUGUGAACGCUCUCUGUGAGAGGAUUCAAAUUAUCUGCUUUUCCAUGAUAUAUAUAUAUAUAUAAAAUCUGUAACUUUUGACAUAGUCGUAGGACCAGGUUUACAUUGCUACGCAUCUGCACUAGGAGUCCUUGUUUUAUUUUCUACAGAGGAAGUUACAUGUUUUCUGUCUGUAUUUUUUAAUAUUUUUACCGUAAUACUAUUAUAUUACUAUUAUUGUCGCUGUUAUUAGAGAGAGAACUGAUCACAUACAACAGUAUCGUAAAAGUAGAACCAUAACUGUUCUAUUUUUGUCACUUUUAUCUUGUACAUAUCGAAAUUGAAGUGAGCAGUGCUUGUUUUUAGAGUUGAAUUAUGGGAAGAAAACAAAGGGCUCCGUAAACAGAAGAAAAAAAACGCAAGUUAACGUGACUGAUAACAUUGGUCUACCCAGGUAAAAAAUCUUUUUUAUGGAGGUGUCUUUCAAUGGUAGUGUUAGACCUUACACGUUACUGUAGAUCUUUAAUGUUAUAAAGCUAAGUGUGUCCCAACAAACUGUUUAGACUGGGGAUGGUGACUGGUGCUGGCCAAAAGAAUCAGGACUUUUAGCCCUGCUGAUGCACUAAUACAAAGGACACUACUUUCUCCCCUUUGAUGCACUUUUUAAGUACAUUAAGUCUAACUAGUUUGGAUGCGUUUGUUUCCGACGUCAUAGGAUUUGGAUCUCGCGAAUGACCUCACAAGUGCAUAUCACACUAAUUCUAGGCAACGUCUCAGUCCCCAUUUGACAUAAUCAUGAGAUGUUAAGAAUAGCAUUAGUAGAUACCAGUAACAGAGACUUGCCUGCUAUAAUGACGUACCGUUCAGAAGAUGCAAGACGGAGGGCUUGGCCCUGAUUUACGUACAUACAAAUUGUGUACUAUAAACUGUAAAAAAACAUGUCUCCACUGCAGAAAAACAAAGCCAAAGUGUCCCACAAAUGGCCACUGACAUAUUGCGCCAAAUAUGUUGAUGAAGUCUGUGCAGAAUAUCGGUGUGAUAAAGUCAAUAAUUCAAAUUAUAAAUGAGGAAAAAUGCAUUUGAAGUAAUUCUCUUUUUUAACUUGUGCUCACGUCCCAUUCUACAUAGAGAGGGUGUGGUUUAACAUCUAAUCUGUGGCCAGCCACCAGGGGGCGAUCAAAGCGUUUAGCCAUACUUUUCAGGAUAAGUAACGCACACUUGGUUUGUGCAUGUGGCUAUUGAAACACACAAAAUACACCCACAAAGUGCACAUUCAAUGCGUUAGAUUGCACAAAAAAAUGUGUGCGCUAUAUUUGGGAUCUUCGUUAAUCAGGGCCUUAACAUAGCAAUAAAAAAAGUAAUGGUCUCCGUUUCAGCACUCACUAUUAGUCAACCUUGUUCAGUUAAAAUACAAAAGUACCAAAUCACGAAAUUUGCCGACACCGAACGCGUUCUUAUUUUGAGGAUGUUGGAAUGUAAAGCUGCCUGAUUUUAAAACCACAUAGAUUCAGGGCUAGUUCGUUUUAUUUUUAUCAACUCUAAGCUGUUUUUUUUUCAAUCACAUUUGCCUUUUGUAUUAGAAAGUCACUGUAUUUGACUGCUAUGUUUAACAAUUACCAAUAGAUCUCAUGUAUAACUGUUAAUCAUCAAAGAAGCUUGCUAUAAACUGUAAUGUGCAAUAAUUGUAGAACAACAUGCAUUGUUACUUUCUUCACCUGUCUUGGAAAAAGUUGGUACUCGGAAGUGUGGAAUUCUGUAUACAUUUAAGGUUCAUGGCAGUAACAAUGAACAGGGGCCAAUAUAAGCUACCAUGUGCGGUAUGCUAAACUAACACCAAAAAAAACUCAAUGCAGUUCUACUCACUAUGAUUUAUAUUAUUUCAACUUUAAAUUAGAUCGUAAAUGUUAAACGUAUGGGUUAGCAUUGAUGCCAAUAUAUGGUUUAAAUCAAUUUAUUUCAAUAAUGUUUUCUUGGCCAAGUUAAACUAGAACUGCAGCCAAUUGAAAAGGGAGGUAACUUAUGGAUGCUUCAUUGAAGUGUUAAAGAAAUGAUUAAACUUCAUUGUAAAUGAUGAAAGAGGCACAAUUUCUUAGCAAUACAUAAAUUAAUGUUCAGGCUCAGGGUGCGUUCCAGUAUGAACUCAUCUUUUUUUUUUUUUUUAAGAGACAUGAUUUCCCACUAUUGUAUGUGUCUUUAAACCCUUCCAUUUUUGAAAUAGAGCUGAGGGGCAGUGUUUAUAAAUAAAAGAUAUAACCUUUAUAAAGUAAUGAUUAGAAAUGUUUUAUUUUUUUAUUUCUGAGGAUAUGAAAGAAAGCGAGUGUAUUAAUAAGAUUUUACAGUACCUGAAAAAGAAAAAACUUUUUAUCUCUUAAUAAACAUUUAUCUUUUAAAAACC